GAUGAUGUGUUAUAUUGCAUCGAAUGCAAUGAUACACACAUCAGUGAAGUAGAAUUAAAAAACAGAUCAGUGAACAUUUUUGCCUCUGGCUGCUACAGUUGUCUCUGAUCCAACAUAGAAGUGGUGCAUGCAUGAUGAUAUUUCUCUGCCAGGUGCAGCAGAUUUGAUUGGACCUGAGCUGGCCAGUCUGGGCCAAACUGUUCAAGACCGUAAGAGAGAAAUGAGCAGAGCUUUAGGUCACUCAUAUGGAAAACAAGACAGAAUGCUUGGACCUGAAAUGCCCAACAUGAGGAGAAGCGGUGUAUUCGGUCCCACUGUUCCUGAAUUGCAUGCAGGAAGGGAGAUCAAAAACCUCAAUCCAAUAGUUCAGUCACCACAUCUUGGGACUCCUCUUGAUAAACAGAGUGACAUUCUUGGUCUAGCUGUUCCACAAGCACAAGGAGGACAAACUCAUGACCCUUCGAUCUUUAAAAGAAAAGGGACAACAAGUCAUGAAGCUGCACUGGCAGCUGGAGGUGUAAGAAGACAACUGAAUCUAGAUAAAGACACCAUCAAAAGUCUGGGUUCUUCUUCUGAUUUGUCUAUUCAACAAAAUCCUCGAACCCGAAACUGUGGCCCUGGUGUUGAUUUGUCAGGCAUAUUGGACAGGAAUCGCUUUAAGCUUUUUGGUUCGGAAACUCAAAGGAGUCAAAGUUUGCAGCCUCAGACACACGUUGGUGAACAGAGCGAACAUCUUGGAAACGUAAAGCCACAAGUAAAAGAAGAGAAAAGCUAUCAGCUCCCUCUUUCACAAGCACCGGAUAGAAUCAGCAUUUAUUCUGCAGCAGACAAGCAGGGAGUCAAAGGACUGGUGGCUAGGAAUGGACUCCAAAUCCGCGGCACCGUCACUGUCGAGAACCGUAGACACGACGCUCCAAACCUUCAAGUACAAGCAGGGGGGCGCUAUGGAGCAGUGGUCCCUGGUGCAACUGGAACCCAGAGUUUAGGAAUCCUCUCAGCCGGAGCAGGACAGGAGGCUCAGGGCUUCACUGCAGAUGUUCACGAUGCAAAAAGCCUUUCUCUAGCUGAACAUGAUGUGAAAAAGCCAAAAGCUCUCCAUAUCCCAGGGCAGACUGGGAGGAAUAACCAGGCAGCAAGUUACAUGGGUGGAGCAGGAAACUAUCUGGGAGCAAGCCUGGGUGCUGGUGGAUAUGGACCAGGUUUGGGUCAGGGAGCAUAUCUGGGUGGUGCAGCAGGCAAACUUGGAGGCUAUGGGGAGGGAGCAACAGGAUACCUUGGUGCUGUGGCAGGCAACGGCUUCGGUGGAGAUGGUGCUAAAGCUUUGUCUACAGGUUAUGGCAAUGGUUACCCCGAUGGUUAUGGAGCUGCUCUCAGUACAGGAGGCUACGCUGGGCCGCUCCAGGGGGCGUAUGGAGCGCCCGGUGCAGGCCUGGAUGCAACUGGUGGCAAAUAUGGAGGAGGAGCUGCUCAGGUUCCUUAUGGUAAUGCUCCGGUGAUUCCUGCCGGACUGGAAGGUGAUGGCGGCUACCCCUACGGCGCUCAGCAUCUCAGCCUCGGUGCUGAAGGCGCAAAAACCGCCAACAAAUAUGGUGCUGGUGCAGGAUAUGGAGCUCAGCAAACAGGUUAUGGUGCUCAGCUAGGAGCUACUCAGGAUGCCUUGGCAGAGCAAACCGGCAAAUAUGGCGGUGUGAACGGAGCCCUUGGUAACGGCUACAAAGGCUAAUUCAAAUGACCUGGACCUCUCCACGUGGAUCAUUUCCAUAAUGUGUUCAGUGUAAUGAGCUUCUUAAGCUUUUAUUUUAUGUGUUUUACUCAACUAUGACCUGUUGGGUUUGUCCGUUUGUCCUUUUGUUUUUCUUCACCCCCUCGUCUUUCUCUGUAAGUGGACAUCUGUUACUCAUGUCUAUUUGUCUUCCUCGUCCAAGAACCUGCUGGACCCCACCAGUUCAGUUCUGUCAGUGCUGAAGCCAUUGGUGGUGAUUGAUGAACAUAAAUAGAUGGAAAGUGCAAGAAAUGUGUCUCUGUUUUAAAAUAAAGAUUAAAAUUGUGA